AUGCACCGUUCUCCGGUCUCCCGUCCCAUUCCCAAGCAAAUUAACCCAAAAGACCGCAUUCCCCCUUUUCGGUAUGAACGCCGUCCCACCAUCCUCAUGCCUCCUCCACUUACCCUCUCUCUCCCCGACUCCAUCCCCCUUCACGGCAUCGACUUUUGGGAACCAAGUCUCCCCGCCCUCUCUUUCAUCACCACCAUCGUCCAACCCCCGUUUUCCAACUACGGGUUGUGGACUCUCGUACCAGUCGAAAUGCUCGUUGAAGUGCUCGCCUGGGUGGUACUGGACGAUUUGAGGUGUGCCGAAGUCUUCGUGUGGAGCGAGAAGGUUGGGACCUAG